CUGGUUUACGAGACUACGCUAGCAGGUCAAGCCGGACCGGCACCCCGAAAAAGUCCCGCGCCAUCGACCUUGUCUACAGAGUAAUUCAACAGCUGUUUCCCAUGGCCAGUGUUAACCCCCUCUUGUAUUCCUCAUUCUUAUCCCCCAGGGAACCUUAGACUUUGCAGAAAUAGACUUUCAAUCAUCAACCUGACCGCGAUGACAAUGGGUUGAUGAGUCGAUGCGCUUACCACAUGAAUUGACUGUCGGAAAUAUAUGUACAGGCUCUUUCUCUUCAGAACCGUGAAAACGACCCCAGAUACAAUAUGCAGCACGUCUCCACAGCUUAUCCCAUAGAAAGGCUAUCUGGACCUUUGAUUGUUGCAUAUCUCUUGCACUGGGGACUCUUCGGGACCCUUUCUACGCAGCUGUAUCUGUACUAUCUGGCAUUUCCGAAGGACAGACAAUCCACAAAAUGUCUCGUCUAUGGCAUCUACAUUGUCGAAUUUGUUCAGACGACGCUUGUCACUCACGACGCCUUUGCAACGUUCGGGUACGGCUUCGGUGAUAUGGAAGCCCUUACAGAUAUGCAUUUUAACUGGCUCACUGUCCCAAUCACGAGCGCUGCUGUUGCUUGUAUCGGGCAGACCUUCUAUGCGUACCGAAUCUUCAUGUUGUCAAAGUCACAAAUUGUCCCUAUAUUCGUCACCUGUGUCUCUUUGACCAGCUCUGUGGCAGCUAUAAUCACAGGCGUCUACUCGUUCCAAGCAGGCAACAUUAUUAAACUCAAUAAUAGGAAGACGAGUAUUGCUGUCGGGUUUUGGUGUGGAGCCUCCGCUCUGAGUGAUAUCGUCAUCGCCAUCUGCAUGACUUUCUACCUUAUGCGCAGCGAUACUGGUUUUCGUCGUACCCGAAUGCUUGUCACCAAGCUAAUUCGCCUCACUAUUGAAACGGGAUUCGUGACAGCUGUUGUCGCUCUACUGAACCUUAUCCUCUUUUUUGCCUUCCCUCAUCAGACCUUCUACGGGACACCAGCCCUCAUCAUGACCAAGCUAUAUGCUAAUACCGUCUAUAUGGUGCUGAAUUCACGAAUCCAAAUUCUUGGCGGACGGGAUGCCUACAUGUCCUUAUCCGAUAUGGGCAUCACAUCCACUAUGACACGGGAUGCCAAUUCUCAAAUGAUGCAAGGCUCACGUCGGACAGAUAGAAUGCAAGGACGAGUGCCAGUGGUUGCGAUAACUAAGGAGGUGUUCGACGAUGAUUUUAAAAUGGUUCGCAUGAAUGACAAACCACAGGACAAAAUCAGAGGCUACGCCGCAUAACUGUUAAAUUACAUUCUUUGAGCCAACAAAGUGUUCAGGAACCUGUCCCGAUUUAUUUAUGUGAUCGUAUUGUUGUAACAAAUACCAAUGGCUAAAUGUUUCGA